UGUCAAUUGGUUGUCAAAUGAUACUUGAAGUACUUUGUAUAUACAAAGUACUUUGUAUAUAAAUUAUAUAGGAAACCGUGACUUGAAUGAUACACAAAGCUCUUGUAUUGAAACUGCGAACUUAGUACAAAUAUAGAUAUUUGAAUAUUUUGCAAAUUGUGUUGCGAAUAUUAAAUUUAUUUUGUUUGCAACGCAUAGAGUUACGUGUUUUGCUUCCAUACAUUACCUAUGUUUACAAUUUUGUCCAAAAGAAGUAAGAAGAAACUGCAAAGAAAUUAUAAAAAGAAAAAUGACUUUCUCUAAUUUCGAUAACUGUUCGAGAAACAUUCAUAUUCUACCUGACGAACUGCUGAUAUAUAUUUUCAAAUGGUUGCCUGUCGAGACUCUUAUUUGCUGUGAAAACGUAAGUGUAAAAUGGCAAAAGUUAGCUCGUGAUCGAACACUAUGGAAACCUCUUGUGUUCGUUUAUUCUGGUAAACCUGGUCAAACUGAAGUAAGUAAAAAAAAUCUUGAAAUUAUAUCAUCACACAGUGAAUUAGUUUAUGCUAUAAAAAUACAGUAUGUGUACAGUUAUCCGUUAAUUAAGUCUGUGAUAGAUCAAUGUAAAAAUUUGAUAAGUCUAGAAUUAAUAAUGUGUAGAAUUGAAGAAGGAUUUGUAAGUGAUAUUUUAAAAUGGCCUAGGUUAAAAAAGUUGAAUUUAAAAAAUUCUAUUUUGAUAUUGAAUGAGACAUCUUUACUUCUUCCAUUUGAUAAAUUAAAAGAUUUACAAUGCUUAAGUUUAUCUGAUUUUGGUCUUUAUCCUACUAAUUGGGAUGGCCUAUUGCAAUGUAGAAAUCUAAGUCAACUUUUUAUUGAUAAAAUAAGAAAUUUAACCUUAGAUUUUGUAACAGAACUGAUUAUUGCUCAACAGAAUGUAUUAGAAACGUUUCAUAUCUAUGGUCUUGAUUGUAUUAACAAUAAUUCUAUACAGCUGCUAUCUAACUGCCCACGGUUGAAGGAUUUGGCUAUAAUAAGGUGUGAAAAAUUAACUGAUGUAGCAUUCCUCGCUUUGGCUUCUCUAAAGAGCAUAGAGUCUCUACAGUUAUGGAAUAACUCUAACUUUUCUGAAAAGGCAUUGUUAGCGACCUUAAGUACUCCCAAAUUUAAAAAGUUAAGAAGUUUAAGUCUCUCUAAGAUACAAAACGUUACACCAGUUGUAGUUGAUCUGAUAUCAGAAUAUUACAAGAAUCUCAAAUUUUUAGCUUUGUAUCAGUGCCCUAGAAUAAUAGAUACUGACUAUGAAAAACAACUUAAAUCAAAAUUUAGAAACAUUGACGUUGUUCUUUAUUAAAUAAAUGUUAUCAAAUAAAUAAAACAACAUUAAAAUCCACAAACUAAAUAUAUUCACAGUAUAAAUAAUGGCAUUGUAUUAAAGGAGAAAAAGAUGUAAAUAAUAACAAAAUUUUACUUUUACUAAAAUACAUUCUAAAUCAAUUUUUUUAUUUUUUUAUUAUUAUUAGUUAAAAUAUUUACAUUAUAGAUGACAUUCUAAAAAACUAAGUAGGUAACUAAUAUUUGUAUACAGUUGACAUUGUCUUUAUAUGUAUUUCUGACUUGUUCCUAAACAAAGAUUAAUGUAAAAGCUAGAAACUACCUCAAUUGUAUUAUAAGGGCCAAUUUCACCCGUUGCUGAUAAAGUUAAAGAUAAAUAUUUUUCACUAUUAAUCUCCACUUUAUCUGUUAGGUAUUCACAACCCAUGAAACAAAAAUAUAUAGUUUAUUGUGCACUCAAGCACUAAUAGGCUAUCACUACUUUAUCAGCAGAAGGUGAAACAGACUCUAAUAAAAUAGUUUUCAUACUUAAAUAAAUAAGUGGAAUUAAUAUUGCAAGAAUUCUAAUGUAUGUAUUGAACAAAUGCAGAAACAAAUCAUCACAUUUUUUUGUAGUGUAUCAUUUUUUGUUUUAAACUAUACAUCAAAUAAAAUUGGGAAAAUG